AUGGCUGCUCGCUCGGUUCUCUUGACGGCGCUCGUGGCCGCCGGUGCCGCCGUCGAGGUCGCAGCCCAGGAUUCCACCGUCAUCGACGUCGACAUCCCCGACGGUCUCGCGACGCGGCCCCUCGUCCCGGACGUGUACGGGUACUCGAUCGAGCCCAUCUGGGUCGACGCCUACACCAGCACGCCCUUGGCGGCGACGCUCCUGCGCGCCGUCGCUAACGUCACCGGCAAACCGCCACCGAUCCGUGUCGGCGGCAACACCGCCGACCAGACCUACCUCCACGACGGCCCGCUGCUGCCCGACGGCAACGUGUCCGCCGCGCGGCCGGGCCUGCCGGCGGCCAACCGCUUCGACAUCACGCCGGCCUGGUUCCGCACCUGGGGGGAGUACUUCCCGGAUGGCACCGAGCUCACGUACACGCUGAACCUGGCGGCGAACGCGUCGGGGUGGGCGAACGCGGUGGCGCAGGCGGCAGCGGCGGGCGCCGCGCUGGGCCCGCGGCUCGCGCAAUUCGAGCUCGGCAACGAGGUGGACCACUUCAUCGCGAAGGGGUGGCGCGGCGCCGACUGGGGCGUCGACGCCUACGUCGUGCAGUUCCGCAACCUGACGGGCCAGAUCGCCGGCGCGGACUGGUACGCGGCGGCGGGCGCGGCCGCGCCCAAGUUCCAGGCCGGCGUCAUCGCCGACCCGCCCUGGGUCCACGACCAGCACGACGAGAUCGACGACUUCAGCGUCGCCAACCUCACGCGCGACGGCGCCGGCGGCAUCGCCGAGCGCCCCGAGGACCGCGCCCUCAUCUCCAGCUACGCCAUGCACCUCUACCCCCAGUCCUCGUGCGACCCAGCCCGCUGGCUGCGCAUGCGCCUGGAUCUGCUGUCAAACCACACGACGCUAUGGCUUGGUAUCAACAUAUCGCAGUACGGGCCGCAGAUCGCGGCGGCGGAGCGCGCGGGCGCGCCGUUCGUCAUGGGGGAGACGAACUCGGUGUCGUGCGGGGGGCGCAGCGGGAUCAGCGACACGUUCGGCGCGGCGCUGUGGGGCGUCGACUACGUGCUGGGCGGCGCGGCGCUGGGCAUCCGACAGACCUUCUUCCACCUGGGCGCGCAGAGCGAGUACAGCGCCUUCACGCCGGCCGCGUACGAGCUGAAGAACGAGUCGCUCGCCGCCGGCAUCCGGCCGGGCUGGUACGCGCACUACUUCGUGGCGCGGGUGGCGGCGCCCGUCGCCGGCGCGAACCGGACCCAAGGCGAAGGCGCGCCCGCGCUCGGCAUCGCCGCCCUGCCCGGCGCCAACACCAGCGCGCUGAGCGGCUACGCCGUGUACGCGGGGCGCGCGCUGCGGCGCCUCGUCUUCCUCGACGUCGGCGUGUGGAACGGCACCGCGGGGCUGGGCAACCCGUCGACGCUGCGCGCGACCGACGCGCGCGACGCCGCGCACCACAGCGCCGGCGCGCGCCCCGCCGCCACCCUGCGGCUCGCCACGCCCUGGUGCGCCGGCGCCCGCGUCGCCGCCGCGCGGCUCGCCGCCCCCGGCACCAACGCCAAGAGCGGCGUCACCGUCGCGGGGCUCGCCUUCGACCCGAGCACCGGCGCCGCAGCCGCGGCCGACGACGCCCCCGCAGAGACCCUCGUGGUCGCCCACGGCGGCGCGCUCGCCGUCCCGAUCCGCCGCGCCGAGGCCGUGCUGCUCGAGCUCCAGUCCGCGGGCGACGGAUGCGCCGCAAAAGAAAAAGGGGAAAGAAAAAAGGGGGGGCAUUAA